CUUCAGCUUGGCGCGUGCUUUGGAUCUCAGUAAAUCUAACUAGUUAAUGAGAUAAAAAUCGACCCAGUUUUAUAUUUAUAUUAGUGAUUAAUCGUUAAAACCGCCGUUAAUCCGGUUACCGUAAAGCCCCUGUGUGUCAUGGCUGAAUAAUGUGUGUUAAAGAUGGAAGACAUGGAGGUAGAUUUGCAGCUCGGAGCAGGUCCCAUCAUCAUUCCUGACUCCGGGAGCAGCACGGAAGUGGAAGAGGACGAGGAGCCCGAUAGGAGACCUGAAGGACGAAGCACGGUUCUUAUUACAAGGCCACGACUUGCAACAACUCAGAUUAUCAGGAGAAGGAGGGCAAGAGCAGGGCUGCGGUUCCAGUACUCCACACAGUCUUCACCUUUGAACCGAGGUCCUUUAGACUUUCUGCUCAGGGUGUCAACAGGAAGCGACACAGAGCCUCUCUCGGGUAGCACAGACGAUGUGAGCGACUCUGAGGAGGAAAGACACAAUAGAGAGACACCGGGUCCGAUACCUGCUGCUGAUGUUACAGCUAUACUGAAUAGCAGCCAGCCUGCUGCUCUCGUCUCUCCACCACUUCAACAGUCCAGUGCAACAGAGCCGACUGUUUCUGCUGAAGCUGAUCACCCUGAACCUCUAGUUCAGUCUGAAGUAAAGGCUGAGGCGUCACCCGCAGAGGCCAAUAAAGGCGCCUCGCUCUCGGCUGCUGGGGCUGAGAAUGAUGGAGAGGGAGAGACCUGCUCUAUAUGUUUUGAACCUUGGACCACAUCUGGUGAACACCGCCUGGCCACGCUGCGAUGUGGACACUUGUUUGGAUUCACCUGUAUUGACCGCUGGUUGAAGGGCCAAGGAGCGAAAUGCCCUCAGUGCAAUAAGAAGGCCAAGCGUGCUGAUAUCGUGCUGUUGUAUGCACACAAACUGAGGGCCGUGGACAACACAGAACAGGAGAGUUUAAAGAGAUCUUUGGAGCAGGAGCAAAGUUUGCGGAGGAAGGCAGAGCUGGAAUCUGCUCAGUGUCGUCUUCGUUUACAGGUUGUAACAGACGAGUGUGGGAAACUCCGCAAAGAGGUUCAGGAGCUCAGGAGGUUAAUGGCACAGACUCCUUCCAGCUCGACUCAUUCUCAGACCUCUGCACUGUCUCUGUCUCAGAGACAUGAAUCCUCCUGCAGAGGAAAUUAUGUUUUCUCUAAGGCUGUCCUUGUUUCUCAGACCGGUGGCUGUCGUGUGCUGACUUACUGUGAGCCCCUCAGUUGCCUGUUGGCUUCUCAGCCUUCCCCUCAUGCCUCCCUGGUUCCUGGCUUUGGGGUGAAAAAAAUCAGCACUGUGAAUCUCAAAGCCAGUCAUUAUGUUCCCAUCCACACUAAACAAAUCAGAGGCCUUGCCUUCAACAGACAGCAAGAUGGCCUUCUGCUUUCGGCUGCCUUCGAUAAUACCAUCAAGCUUACCAGCUUGUUUACCAACACAGUGGUACAGGCCUACAACACUGGGAAAACCGUAUGGAGCUGCUGUUGGUGCCACGACAACAACAACUACAUUUAUGCUGGUCUGAGCAACGGCUCAGUGCGAGUGUAUGACACACGGGACACCAGCACUCACGUGCAGGAGCUCGCACCUCUUCGUUCCAGUUGUCCGGUCGUAUCCCUGGCCUACCUGCCCCGUGCUGCCUCCAGCUUGUUCCCCUGUGGUGGCCUCAUUGCUGGCUCCCUUGAGGGAGGAUGUUUCUGGGAGCAAGUGGAUGGAACCUUAUAUCGACAGCACGUUCUGCCUUUAGAGUCUGGAGGCUGUACAGACAUUCAGGUUGAACCUGAGAGCAGACAUUGUCUGGUCACCUACAGACCAGGUCGUACCAACCCAUCUUUGCGUUGUGUUCUGAUGGAGCUUAACCGAAGCCCUCAUCAGGACUCGGGCCAGGAUCCUGUCUGUUCCUGUUCUCCUGUCCAGACCUUCACUGCUGGCUCAUCUUCCAAGUUGCUCACAAAGAACACUGUGUUCAAGAGUCCUGUUACUGACUCCACUCUGGUGUGUGCAGGAGAUGAGGGUUCUAACUCUACCAUGGUAUGGGAUGCGAGUAGUGGAGCCUUGCUUCAGAAACUUCCUGCAGACAUACCAGUCAUGGACAUCUGCCCUUUUUAUACAAACCAAGAACAUUACCUGGCAUCUCUAACGGAGAAGAUGAUUAAGAUCUAUAAAUGGGAGCAGAGUGGCUCAGAAAGAGCGAGUUUCUAAGAGUAGCUCCUUUGGUCGUUUUUGGACCCAGACGAUGUGGUCUGUUUUACUCUUGACAUGAUGGUUCAUAGAAAUCAGGGGUAUUUUUCAAAGCAUACGUUUUAUUGUGAUGAUGGGACUUUGAAUGACAGGGCAUGUGACUGUGUUCGAUCUGCAUACCAUGGAUAUUGUGAAAAGCUCCAUAAAUUAUCCGCUAUAAUUUUGCAUUAAGGUUUCAGAAACAUCAUUAAUCAUCAGUAUAGAUUUGUAUUGCUUGUUGCACUCAAGAUAUUCGUCCUGAAAACUUUCUUGUUUUCAAACGUUUCGUUUUCUUUGUCAUGUUUUCUGUAUAAUCUUCUAACAUUGUUCCAGUUGUUUAAGAAUACAACAGUGACAUGCCUCUGCAUUUUUCCUGUGUGUUUGUAUGUAAUGGUAAAUGUACAUACGUAAAUGUUUUUAUUGAUCUCUGACUGUAUUUCUUAAUAAAUGUUUUAUUGAGGCUGUUUU